AUGCCAACUCAAAUCUUUAUCAUUCCACCGAAACAUCUUCGAACACAAAAACCGAUAAAAACGCCAAAAAGUGAUAGAUCUACUCAAGAUGAAAAAAUUUCUCAAUCAGUACCUAACACUCCAAGUAAUGAACAAGCAAAAUCUUCAAGUGACAAUAAACUAGCAGUAAUAAAAAUAAUUCCAACUGUACGUAUAAGUCCACCUCAACCAAUAAUUGAUAGUUUAUUUGAUUGGGAUGAUGAAGAUCGAUGUUUUGGCCAAGGACCAAAAUUUGUUCGACAUCGACAAAAACAACAACAAAAACAAAUAUAUGAAAAAAAUCCUCGAAUUCAAGAAGAUGCAGGGCAACCACAACAACAUGCUACUCUACCAGCUAUUGUUUCAGCGCCGAUAGUUGAACUACCUGGUGCACAAUCAACAUCAAAUGCAAAUGAUUAUACCACAGUAAAACGAGAAGGGAGUGUAGAUGUAGGUGAUUUACAAGGACAAACAUUACUUCAUUUAGCUGCUAAACUCGGACAUGAAGAAAUAAUGAGAAUGUUAAUUAAUGAAACAUCACAUGCUAAUAGUUUAUUAAAUACUCGUGGACAAACACCAUUACUUUGUGCUAUUGAAGCUGGAUCAACAUCAACAGCAACACUACUGAUGGAACAAGAUCCAUUGUCAUUAACAUGUAAAGAUAAUAUUGGUUCUAGUGUAUUUCAUUAUGCAACUGAACAUUGUAAUGAUAUUGUUUUAAGUCGUGCUAUUGCAUUACUUAAACGACUCAGUUCAAGUGCUGCUAGAGUGACUGCUCUUCAACGACUUAUUGAAAAAAAUGCCAACGGUAAAACACCAUUCGUUAUUGCAAUUGAAAAGAGUUCAUUGAAAUGUAUUAAAUAUAUAUUAAGUAGUAAAUGGUUACAUCGAAAUGCUGAAAUCGUAGAUUUUAUAAAUGCUGAUUCAUUAAAAACAACAAUUGAUAAAGAUCAAUUAGAUAUAGCUUCAUUUUUUGUUUCUGAUACACGUCGUUUUGCUGCUAUUAUUCAAAUAAAAAUUGAUGUUAAUGGACGUGCAUAUAAUGUAUUAGAAUAUUCAAUAGCAUUAAAAAAACCUGAUUUUGUUCGAACAUUUAUUAGCGUAAGAAUUCCAGGUGAUGAACGAGAACUUUAUAGAUCAUAUAAAAAUUUUUUAAAACAUUAUAAUGUUGCUUAUUCUGGUUCAAGUUAUGAUCAGACACCAAUACAAAGAAUGUUAACUAUGGUAUAUUUUAAAACUUAG